GUCGGCGGCAGGGAUGAGCGUGGCCAGCAGCGAUGGUCUCGCGCUGCAAAUGUCGUCCGACAGCAUCGACCGCUUCCUUCGCGAGAAUGGCAUGGACCUCAGCCUCCACACGCCCAGCGGAAGCGGCGACGACGACGACCUGAGCCUCUUGCGCGCCGGCGGCCACCCGCAUGACGAACCGCUUUCGCUGGACGACUUUGCGCCGCCACGCUCUAGCAGCUCAACGACGUCGCCGCCAGCGCACGCCACAGGCGCCAUGCACGAGCAUAGCAGCGAAAGCAGCCUGCGCUUCGGCAGCCUCAUUCGCGCGUCGCAAGGCUCCAUGUUCGAGUCCAAGACCCAAGACGAACCACCGGCGCUGCGCGGUCCGCCGUACUCGCAGUUGCCGCGCCACCGCGCGUCCGAGUCGGCCUCACGUCCUUCGAUUCCGCACAGCGCAGAGCCACUUCGCCGGCAGUCGUCGACGUCGUCGCGCUCGACCGUUCCGCGUGACGUGCCGGUGCGCCGCGUUCUUAGCCUCGCGUCGACGUCCUCGAACGCCUCCCACGAGCGCCAGGCCGAGAGCGGGCUCCGCGCAGUCUCGUGGUCGGGCCUUCAAGCCUCGUCGUCGUCGUCGUCCGGGUCGGAGCGCAUGCACCGCGACGAGCUCGACGACCCUCUCUCGGAGCCUGGCAGCGUCUUUGUUGCGACACCGCCGCCAGGUCCGCCGCGCACGUCGCCGCCGCCUCUACGGACAGCCCUCGCGCCGUUGCAGACAUCGCCAACGCGCUUGGUGACGCCGCCGACGCGCAGCCCGUCGCCGCAACGCGCGUCGACGCCCGACGACGAAUGGUCGACGCUGACAACGCUGCUCUUGCAGCACGGUCUCCCGCGCGUGGACUUUGUUCCGGCCGACGCGGCGGGCUGCGCCGUUGUGCCCGAGAAGGCGUCGCUCAUCAGCGUUGUGCACGACCUUGUCUCGCAGCUCGAGCGCCGGGGCCAGAUCAUCCAAGACCUCGUGCUGGACGCAACGCGCAACACCAAAGAACAGUCCAAGACCGAGUCGCACGUCCAUUUGCACGAAAAAAAGAUUGCAGACCUCACGUCGUCGCUCGCCGUCGCCCACGCCGACAUCAAGCAGCUGCAGCGAGAACGCGACGCGCUCAAAACAAAGACGGACCAGGACGCGCGGACGUGGAAAGUCCAGCGGGCCAAACUCGAACAGCAAGUCAAGGUCAGCGAACACCGCGUCAAGGCGAAAGAACUCCUCAUCGAUCGCAUGCAGCACAAGAUCCAGAGCCAGAUGGACAAAGACGAGCUGGCCAAGUCCCGCGACAAAUCCUUGUUUCAAAAGUUCACGCAGCGCGAACCGCGCAAGAAUAGCGCGUCGGACCAUCAGACGAUCGAGCUCAUUCGCAUGUACGAGACGCAGCGAGCGUCCAUGGCGGACGAGAUCGCCUCGCUGCAAGCCCAAGUGCGCGACCUCUGCGCCGACGUCCGCGCCAAAGAAAACAAGGCGCCCGUCGUCGGAGCUGGCGCACCGGAACACGUGCUCCUCGAGCGCUUUGAAGUCGCGCGGCGGGAGCAAGAGCGCGCGGCGUCCAUGCUGCGGCAGCGCGAGAGCCGCAUCCAAGACCAAAUCGGCACGAUCGAAGCCGAGCUCCGACACACGAAAGCAUCGCUCAAAGAGCUCCAGGACGAGAACGCCAACUUGCACCUCGAAGUCGAGUCGCGGCCGACGAUUCCAGCGUUCAAGGCGGCGCAACGGCGCAUCCAUCAACUCGAGCGACAGCUCGCCGACCACAAGCUCGCAAUGGACGAAGCAAAGGACCUCGACGAGCUGCGCAAGCACACGGGCACGGCCGCGCUCAUUCAGCGCGACCGACUGAACGCCAAGCUCGCGCUGAACCGGCUCAAUGCGCUACCGCGAGAGACUGCAGUUGAGAUUGUCAAGGAAGUGUGCCGCGAACUCGACCUCUCGGACGUGACGCUGAUUGUGCCCAGCUUGCGCAAGCUGUGCGUCGUCGUCCAGGCCGUGCCUCGCAUGGAACGGUUCAUCCGGGACGUGACAGCGGUCGUCGGCGGCGUGGCGCUCGAGGCGGUUGUGCCAUCGCUUCAAAAAAUGCAAGCCGAGCUCCAAGAGCUCGCAACGCUGCGGAGCUUUCGACAAGCAAUUUUGCAGACGCUACAAAAGCGCGCUGGGGCCGUCACGACACCCGAUGCACCCGAGACGACCGAAGCCAACGUCACCUCGGUCGUGCACCGGCGCGCUCUGGCCACAAUUGGCGAGCUCGUGGAGUUUGAGACUCAUUUUCUGCAAGACAAGGAGAUGUAUACCCACGCCCUCCACAACGUCGAGAACCGUCCAGACGUGCUCGUUAACAAGAUGGUCCAGCACUUUCGCCACCUCUUCGGCGUCAAGACCAUGGAAGGUGUCUUCCCCAAGAUCAACGAGGUGUUUUUGUUCGUCAACAAGAUGAACAGCGCGCUCGAUGAGCUCAAGACGACGCUGCAACUGCCACCGAGUACGUCUGUGACGGCGACGCUCGCUGCGCUCCAAGACAAGGUCGGCGCGUCGACGCCGACAGCCAGCGACCGCCCGCCCAAGCUGUCGGAGAAUUACGUGGUCGACCGGCGCAGCGAGAACGACGUCGUCGGCCUGCAGCAAGUGCGGUUGUACUGUCACAUCAUCAAGCAGCUCAAGGAGGAACUCGGCGCGACGACCGACGACGAGAUUGUUCCUCGAACCAAACGGUUGAUGGAGCUCCUCUCGCUCUCGUUACACACCACCCAGCCAUGAGACGCAACACGACCCCUCGUAUCUCGUGCAAUGUU